AUUGUCUGUAUAAAGCGGCGGAAGGGACCGUGUACAGAGUCAGUCUGUGGCACAAUACCGCGAAAGAUGGAUCGCUGGGUUGGAAAGGUAGCAAUCGUAACCGGUGCGAGCGGCGGUAUCGGCGCCGCGACGGCGAAAGCUUUAGCGCUCCACGGCGUUAAGGUGGUCGGUCUCGCGAGACGUGUAGACAAACUGAAGGAACAACAGGCGGAAAUCGGCAAGGACAAGUUUUACGUGGUCCAGUGUGAUGUCAGAAAGGAGCAAGAUAUCGUGAAAGCGUUCCAAUGGGCCGAGAAAGAGGUUGGUGGUGUUGACAUCCUCAUAAACAAUGCUGGAGUCGCCGAAGGCAAACCCAUCAUAGACGCAGAAUCCGCGGAAGAAUAUCAUAAAAUCGUGGAUACUAAUUUGAUAGCUCCAGCAAUUUGUGCGCGAGAAGUUACGAAGUCUAUACAAAAACGAAACGCGAGUGGUCAUAUAAUCAACAUCAACAGCAUAGCUGGUUUGUACGGCGAAUCCUUACACAUACCGUUUGGCAUGUACGGCCCCAGUAAAUAUGGUCUGAGAGCUUUGGGCACGGAACUUCGUCACGAAAUAAUCCUACGGAAGCUGAAGAUUAAAAUCACGAAUAUCAGUCCUGGAGCAGUGCUAACUGACAUGAUCAAGAAACUCAUUCAGCUGCCAGACUCUGAGGAUACAUCGAUAUUAAAAGACAAGGACAUUGCUAAUGCGGUCAUUUACGCGCUGGGAACACCAUCGACCGUAGAGAUACCGGAAAUCACGAUGGUACCACACAACGCGGUAAUAGGUGUUCCACAAGGAGUAACAGAGGUGUUAAAAGCAAAGAUGCAGUAAAGAAACGAACAAACGAAGCUUGAAGAUUUAUUGUGACGUGAGAAGGUAGGAAUAUACAAUUUUAUUCUUCCUCGUUCCGAGAAGAUGAGAAUGAACAAAUAAAAAAAGAUUAUACAUUGUCUACAACCUCCUGCCUGCAAUCAUCUGUUGUACCACUCUCUGUAUACAAUGUUACGGUAAAUAAUAAA